CGACUAGACUGCUACUGCUGGACGUCGCCCCUUUCUGGUUUGUUGAGCGUAGCACCACCCAAGCAACAGUUAUGAGCCCGGCCCGCAUCCAUUGACGUCUGUAUUACUCUCCGUUGCUAUAUUGGACUCGAGUCCUGCAGCGUAUCAGACAGGUCUUACGAAAGCCAAAGACCUACACCAUCGAUAUGGUGACGCAGACAGUAUCCAGCCAGACGAUUCUGACUGGACCACGAGACUGGCCGAGCUGGAUUAGUCAGAUCAAGCAAGCAGCAAGGAAACACCUUCUGUGGCCGUAUAUAGACCCAGGAAAAGACCUGGAAGACCUAGAGGUUCUCGAGCAACCAAGCUUGAUCGAAGCCACGCCAGAAGAUGACCUUCGACAGUCAGACCUGACUAUAAAGGAACUCCGUACAUGUGAGAAAGGAACUGGAACACUCGACCAGUGGUUGGACAAGUGGAUCUACACAUAUGAUAUAUGCGCAGCAGCAAAACUCCCUGAUGUGGCAGGCAAUAGAGGGAUCAAAGACUUCAUUGGUGCUGUGGCACUGAUGUCCCCAGAAUUGGCUACAAUUCAGAAUAUAGCCCUGGUCAAGUCUACAGACCCAAUCGACUGA